AUGUCUCAAAACAAGACCCUCACCCUCAACGACGGCAACAAGAUCCCUCAAAUUGGUCUUGGUACGUGGCUGUCUCAGCCCGGCGAAGUUGGUGCUGCCGUAGAGCACUCCAUCAAGGCCGGCUACCGUCACUUGGACUUGGCCAAAAUCUACUGCAACCACGAUGAAAUUGGCGCUGCAUUCAAGAAAGUCUUCCCCAGCGUCGUGAAGCGUGAAGAUGUGUUCAUCACCGACAAGCUGUGGAACAACGCGCACAAGCCAGAGCUUGUCGAGAAAGCGUUGGAUCAGACUCUGCAAGAGUUGGGUCUUGAUUACCUUGAUCUGUACCUGAUCCACUGGCCCGUUUCAUUUGACUGUGACUUUGACACUCUUCUUCCUCAGGAGAAUGGCAAGGCCAAGCUUGACUUGCAAACGUCGCUCGUCGACACCUGGAAGGCUAUGGUCGAACUGAAGAAGACCAACAAGGUUAAGUCGAUUGGCGUUUCAAACUUCAGUCCCGCUCACAUUGAUGCCAUUACAAAGGCAACGGGUGUUGCCCCUGCUGUGAACCAGAUUGAGGCUCACCCUCUGCUGCCUCAAGACGAUGUGGUUGAGUACCACAAGCAGAAGAACAUCCUGAUCACAGCUUACUCGCCUUUGGGCAACAAUCUACGCGGCGAGAAGAAGCUCUACGACUACCCUCAGGUCAUUGAAGUCGCGAAGAAGUAUAACGCUCAGCCAGCACAGGUCCUUAUUGCCUGGGGUGUGCGCCGUGGCUACUCGGUCAUCCCCAAGAGUGUCAAUGAGACGCGUAUCAAGACGAACUUUGCUCAGAUCGACCUCUCGGAUGAGGACUACCAGAAGAUUUCGAACAUUUACACCGAAGCCAAGCACACGCGCUACAACGUACCUAUCACGUACGACCCGCCGUGGGACAUCAAUGUGUUUGGUGAGGACAUUGAGAAGAACGCUACGCACUCGAUCAAGAUUGAGUAG